UCGGAUGUCUCUUCUAGGAUUUACGGCGUAUUCAAUUCAUUUUUUUACGUUGAGUUAAAUGAUCUUAAUUUUAUUAUUGUCAACACUUUUUGGAGACGCAAAAAAUUUUGCCCAGUUUAUUGGCUGAAAUUGAAAAAUUAAAAAUUGAGCCAAAAAUUCAAGUCAAAUUAUUAUUUGUCCAUUCAAAGUACCAUAUUGUAAAUUAUCAAGACACAAAUACAAUUUUUUUUGCUUAUUCGAUAUAAUUAAAUAUGCUUUCGUCCAAAAAACUUGUGUACAUUUUAAAGAAAUAUAGUGUUGGAAACUUGCGUGUAAAUGCAUUUAAGUAAAAUUUUAAAUUUAAAAAAAUGAGAUGGAAGUGGUAUCUUAUGUCUCUGUUCUGUAUUUUUUUCUACACAAAAGUUACUUACGGGUGCAGUUAUACAAACUUGGAGUUAUCAAGCUGGUUUAUGAAUGUUAGUUCAAACGAUGAAAACUAUCAUGCAAAUGUUGAAGACAGAAAUUCAAGUACAAGGUAUUUAUGUCUGAGUGGAAAAUCAACUGAUCUAAAUUUAUCCAUAUCGAUUAAAAAUCCAUCUUUUCUACAUUCUGCUAGAUUUUUAUUUGACUCAUAUAAAGUUAAAAAUAUCUUUUACAGCUAUGACAAUGAAAUAUGGUUUCCUUUAAUAACUAGUUUGACCGCAGGAGAACCAAUAUUUAUUAAUUUGUUUGCAUCUAAUUUUGUUUUUAAAUUCGAAAGAAAUAAUACUUCAUUUGGUAUGAUAUGUUCUAAUAUAUCUUUUACAAUAUGUGCCAAUUAUCAUGCACCAUAUUUUGAAUUAUUAAAGGAUACUAAUGAAGAUGCUUUUUCUGUUAUUGCAUCUUUGCAGCCUGGAGCAAAUAUAGUUUGUUUGCUUCAUGGUAUUUUAGUACCCUUUCAAGUAUUGGAAAUAACCUCAAAUCUUACAGGUUUUAAAGAAUACCAAAAACUUCAAUUUGAUAUUUUGCAGAAUAAAUUUUGCAGAUUAUGCAAUGGAGGUUCUUUUUUGAUUCAAUGCUCAGCAAUAUAUCCCAAAAAUAUAACAACUGAUAUUGUUUCUAUUUCAAUUAGUGCAAAUAUUUUCAAUAAAAAAGUGAGUGGCGCUGAGAAUGUUACCGCAGUUUAUGGAGUUAAUGACAGUAAUUCUAUUUUAGUCUCUUGGAAAUAUUCCUUAUUUUGCCCUGAAAACUACACUCAAGUGAAAAUUUAUUUAACAUUAGAAGAUCAGCUAACAAUUAAAACAGUACCUGCAAAUGAAACAUUCUUGUUAAUAGAUAAUUUGUCUCCAAGCUCUGAAUAUUUUAUUGAAGUUCAAUUGUUAACAGAUCAUUGUGAGAGUGAAAAAAGUUCGAUUUUAAAAAUGACUACCAUGCCAGGAGUCCCAUCGCCACCCAUUAAUUUGUUUAUUGUAUUUACAGGAUCAGUCUUACAGUUAUCUUGGGAUGCUCCUAUUUACAAUUAUAAUAAAAUCUUUUAUAAUGUAACUUUGCUUGGAUACAAACCAUUUGAUAGCUUAUAUCAUUCAAUAAGAUGGUUUAUUACUCAAUCAACCAGUUUGCAAAAUAUUUCUGCUUCACCUGAAAACAUUUACAAUGUUACUGUAGUUGCAUUUAACCAUCGUCAUACAAGUAAUCCUUUAUUUGGAAAAGCAGCAUCUAUGGAUUUCAAAAGAUUGUGUGAUCCUGCUCCAAUUCAACCAACAAUUAGCGAAAUAACCCCUAACUCAGUUACAAUUAAUAUUAAAGCAGUAAACAAUAGUAAUUGUUCAAUUUCAUAUUAUCAGAUUAUAGUUAGUGAAACCAUUUAUUUCCCUUCAAACAAUGAAAGUUUUGGUUCUUAUGAUGUAGCAAAAGCCACCGGCAAAAGGCAAUAUAUUAGCAAACAAAUAGAACUAUUUCAAGAACAAUGUCAUGUAACAAUUGGUGAUAAUUCAAAUAACACAUAUUGGAGUCCUCCUUUAAAACCCAGUUCCUCAUAUCUUAUUUUUGUUCGUUUUAUAAGCAUAUGGACAGAUUUUAUUUUAUUCAGUUCACUAUCAAAAUCUAUUUCAUUUUUAACAGAAAAAGAACUUAAUUUGACUUUAAGUGUUAAAAGUGUUGCACCUGAUUCGUUGCUAUUAUAUAUUAUGAAACCAUCAAAUGUAUUUUUUUAUCAAGUUAUUGUUUCACUUGAUGAGCUUUCUUUGUGUUCUGAUUUAUAUGCUUCUUAUCAGGUUUCCACUUUAAUGAACUCAAGGUGUUACAUGGCUCAUAAUCGAUCUUUAGGGUUUAAUGACUCUCUUAUUUUUGUAGGAAGUGAAACCACUCUAAAUGGUUACUUUGAUCGUUCAUUAAGCGAUAAUGUUACAUAUUACAUUUAUUUUAGAUAUGGAAUUUAUGAAAACUUGCUUACAAGAUACAGUAAUUUCCAAUAUGUUGUAAAAGAAAGUUUAGCUAAGAAAACAAAAAUCAAAAUGUUUGUGGAUGACAUAACUUCAUAUGGAUUUGUUUUAAGAUUGUCCGCAUCAAACUUUAAUUCUGGUUAUAUUCAGAUUUUAGGUGUAAAACUUAAAUACAAUGAUUCUUUUACAAAUUCUUUAUACUAUUUAUUACCUGUUACUUAUGAAGAAGCUAUUAAAAAUGAUAAUCAGAUACCAUUUUUAGCAGGAGAAUUUUCUACAAAUGACCUACAAAGUGAAGUCAAAUUUCUCUUUGGUUUUUCACCUCAAUUAUUUCGUAUUCGCAGAAGUAAUAAUUAUUUUAGUGAACCUUUAGAAAGAAAUAGAUUUUAUAGCAUAUUUGCCACAACUCAAUUGCUUAAUGGUGUUUUGGAAGUUGUUAUGCCGGCAACAAAGCCAUUUAAAUUUGGAGAAGUUUAUCCCAAUGAUUUAAGUUAUCUUAAUUUAUUUGAUGUUUUGCCUACCCUUUCUUCUGCUACACUUUCUUCUGCUACCCUUUCUUCUGCUACCCUUUUGUAUGAUAAUUCUACUUCUCCUACUUCUACUCCUACUUCUCCCACCACAACUUCAGACAUUUCUAGUGGUGCCAAAGCCGCUAUCAUUUCAGCAUCUGUUGGUGUUGUCAUAUUGGGAUUUUUGAUUUGGAUUUUGUACAAAAUUCGCAAAUACAGAAAUAAUAACUCACAAAAUAGCAAACAAAGAAAUCCAAAUACUUCUGGAUUAGGCAAUUCAUCUAUUGUAGAAGGUACAAAUACACUUACAUUAGGUAAACCUAAUAUGACAUAUGAAACAGAACAUAGUGAUUUUUGUAAUGAAUCAUUUGUUCUUCAUUAUGAAGUUGAUAAAAAAUUUCCAUCAGUUCUGAUGACAAACUUUAAGAACUAUGUUGAAUCGUCAAAGUUAAAUAAAAUGUUAAACAAACAGUUUGAACAGCUUAAUGAUGCCAGUUAUUUUGUGUGCUCUCAUGGUAAAGAUGCUGCAAAUUCUCAUAAAAAUAGGUAUGAAAAGUGUCUUCCGACUGAUAGAAGCAGGUUUAUUUUAAAAGAUGAUAGAACUGAUGGUUCUUCUGAUUACAUCAAUGCAAGCAUUAUUAGUAGCUAUAAAAAGAAUAAUGGUUAUAUAGCAACACAAGCUCCCCUUCCAGCUACCAUUAAAGAUUUCUGGAACAUGUUAUGGCAGAGUAAAUCUGCAACAAUUGUAAUGCUGUGUAAAAGAAUUGAGCACGGGGUUGCUAAUGCUCAACUAUACUGGCCUAACCUAAAUCAAGAAGAAAAGUAUGGCAAGAUACAUGUCAAAAAUAAUAGUUAUGAAAAACUUAAUGGGUAUGUCAUACAUACAUUUGAAGUGCAGAAAAAACCAGAAACACCUCGGAAAGUUAAACUUUUUCACUUUAUUGAAUGGCCGGAUAUGAGUGUUCCAAAAUGUAUUGACCAUUUAUUAACAUUCAGAGAAGAUAUACAUAAAUGGGCAGACAAAUUUGUUGAGCCAUUAAUAGUUCACUGCAGUGCAGGUGUUGGUCGUAGUGGUACUUUUAUUACUAUUGAUGCGUUGUUAGAAAAUUUAGGAUCCAGUUUAACAAUUGAUGUUUUUAAUUUUGUCAACUAUCUUCGGUCUUGUCGACCCCAAUCUGUUGAAACUUUCGAGCAAUAUGAAUUUAUUCAUGAUGUCAUUUUGUACUACAUCGAUAAAUAUAGUUUUAAAGUCAGUAAAGAAAAUGUUCACAAAACGUAUCAAAAUUUAAAAAAAGUCGACCCUGUUACCGGUGAGGACGGGUUUACCAAAUACUUUAAAUUGCUUAAUCGUCAGCUCGAUUUACCAAUCACAGUUGCAAACAAGCCUGUGCAUGAACUAAAAAACCGAUAUUCAGAUAAACUUCCUCUAGAUGAAUAUCGUGUUCAAUUAUUAAUUACUGGAUUGACUCUUGACGAAACUUACAUAAACGCUACUAAUGUCAAUGACUGGAUCAUUUCCACUCAAUCGCCAUUAGAAAGUACGAUUAAAGACUUUUGGUUAAUGAUUUUGUGCAAAAACGUAAAAACUAUUCUUAUGCUAAACGAAUUAAAAGAAAAUGAUAACAUUUACAUAAAGUAUUAUCCAAACAAACAAAAAGCAUUCGAUUAUGGUACAUUUACAAUUGAACUUAAAAGCAAGACCAUCUUAAACCAAUGUCUAAUACGAAGAUGUUUUACCAUUAAAACUGCUGACAACGAAGUAUUUAUAGUUAAUCAUUACCAAGUAAAGUUUUUUAAAAUUAAUGAUUAUAAUAGAGUUGGUAUUAUAAAUGCUUUAAAGUUGAUGAAUUAUCAAGAAGGCGAAACUAUUGUUGUUCAUUGUGAUGACGGUUUUGGAAGAACAGGCAGCAUUAUUGCUGUUAUACAGAUCAUUUAUGAAAUUAGCAAACACGGUGAGUGUAACAUAAUGAAAAUCUUAAAUGCACUUCUUAGCCGAAGUCCUUUUUACUUAGAAAAAGAAUGCCAUUAUAAAUUUAUAUAUACUGUGUUAGACGAGUUUUAUGCGCCGAAUGAAGAGGUUGUGUCGUAAUGUUUUUGAGAAUUUUGAUUAUUUAUGAGUUAUUAGUUUUGGGAAAGACUGAACACAUUUUUCAUACGACAUUUUUACAAGUAGAUAUUAUUACAAGUAAACAUGCUUUACAUACAAAUAGGCUUUUUCGCAAGGACUAAAUUUUCAUAUAUCAAUAUUUGGAGAAAGGUUUUGUAUUGAAUAUAAAUAUCGAGGUUUGGGGAGUUAGGUGGUUAGGGGGGUAAAAUUUUAAAAAUUGGAGUAUAAAUUAUUUUAUAAUAAAAUUAUUGUUAUUUUUAUAAGAAUUGUAUAUAACAUUUUCUAUUGAUUGUGUUUUUAUAUCGUUUAUCAAAAGUUGUCUGUAUCAAAA